GGAGGUGUAACUGUGACGAGAUGACUUCGGCUGCUAUCGCUCAGCCGAACAAUCUGGAGAAAUAAUUCAAGUGUGUGUUGGAGAACUACAAAAACAGUAUGAUCAUGCACGGCUUGGAAUGCUCUGGAUCGACAGCAUGUUCCUUUUCCCGCCAAUAUCCAGCAACUUCGCACAGCCAUUGAAGAGGAGUGGCACAACAUUCCACAGGCCACAAUCAACAGCCUGAUCAAUUAUGCGAAGGAGAUGCGUCACCCUGCCUGAGGCAAAUGGUGGUCACACCAGAUGCUGAUUGGUUAUCUGAUCCACACCCCAUACCUUUUUUUUUAAGCCACCGUGCCCCGCCGCGCCCCCACACCCAGCGGAGCCGUCAUGUGGCAGGAGGCCCGCAAACAUGAGCGCAAGCUGCGCGGCAUGAUGGUGGACUACAAACGCCGCGGCGAGCGCCGGCGAGAGUACUACGAGAAGAUCAAAAAGGACCCGGCUCAGUUCCUUCAGGUUCACGGCCGGGCCUAUAAGAUCCAUCUGGACUCGGCCGUGGCGCUCGCCGCAGAAAGCCCCAUCAACAUGAUGCCCUGGCAGGGAGACGCCAACAACAUGAUUGACAGGUUUGACGUGAGGGCACACCUGGACUUCAUACUCACCUACACCCCUCCGCUCCUCAACACAGCCACCCCAGAACAGGAGUCGGAGGAGAGGAAGUGCAACUACGAGCGUUUCAGAGGCCUAGUGCAGAACGACUUUGCCAGCAUCUCUGAGGAGCAGUGUUUGUACCAGAUCCAAAUGGACGAGCUCUAUGGUGGCCUGCAGAGGCCAAAUGAGGACGAGAAGAAAAAGCUUGCCAAGGAGAAGGCCACCAUUGGCUACACGUACGAGGACAGUACUGUUAAGAAGCCUGGGGAGGAAGAAGAGAAAGGGGAGGAGGAUGACUCUGACAACAGCGAAUCAGAGGAGGACGAGGGUAUUCCAGACAUUGACGUAGAGGUGGACGUUGACGAGCUCAACACGGAGCAGGAGUUGGAUCUGAACAAGAUGGCCACUCCAUAUGGAAUGGCAGAGGGAGAUUUUGUCAGGAUGCUGAGGAAAGACAAGGAUGAGCUGGAGGCCAUUAAACAUGCCAAGGCUCUGGAGGCAGAGAAGGCCAUGUACUCGGGCCGUCGCUCUCGCAGACAGAGGAGGGAGUUUAGAGAGAAGAGACUGAAGGGCAGACAGAUCAGCCCACCCAGCUAUGCCAGGAGAGACAGCCCAACAUACGAUCCCUACAAACGGCCCCAGUCGGAGUCCAGUUCGGAGUCGCGGUCCCGCUCCCGUUCCCCGGGCCCAGAGAAGAUCACCUUCAUCACCAGCUUCGGAGGCAGUGACGAGGAGGCUGCCGCUGCAACUCAAGCUCCACCCCCUGUCCACACCCCCGCCAACUCGCUGCACCACCCCGCAGGUCAUAGCAGGGGCUCCCGCAGACGCCGCUCUUCCUCCAGCCCUUCCUCCUCUUCCACCCACUCUUCCACUCAUCGCUCCUCCUCUCAUUCCUCCUCUCACUCACGCCGCGACAGACGCCGUGGAGGAGGGAGGGACAGACGACAUUCCCGCUCCCGGUCGAGGCGGCGCUCCGACUCGCGGUCCCGGGGUAGAGGAGCCAACGGAGGAGGAAGAGGGGGGUCACGGAGGAGAUACGACCGGACACAGUCCCGCUCCAAUGACCGAGAUGGAGACCGGGAGAGGGACAGGGAGCGAGACAGGGACGUGGGACGUCGCUUCGCAGCACGCAGACACACACGGUCCCGCUCUAACUCUCGGCAGGGGGACCGUGCCAGGCGGGGGGGUGGGGGGCGGACUUCAGGAGGCCAUCAGAGGGGGGUCGGCAGCAGCAGUCCUAGCCCCUCCCAAUCCCCCCAGCCCAGCUGCACCCCUUCCCCCUCACACAGAGGAGGCCCGCCCUCUGCCACUGCACUCUGUGACAAGCUGAGAAAGCCUGAUACUCCGGGUGGUAAAGAGACGGGAGCUGCCAAACCCAGGAUGACCCCGCAGGAGAAGCUGAAGAUACGCAUGCAGAAGGCCCUCAACAGGCAGUCCAAGGCGGAUAAGAAAGCAGCCCAGGCGAAAGUCACUCAGCAGGAAAAUAAGCGAGCGGAGCGCGAGGGAGAGCUCAGAGCCAUGGCACGCAAGAUCCGCAUGAAGGAGCGUGAGCGUCGGGAGAAAGAGAGGGACGAGUGGGAGAGACAGUACGGACGACAAAGCCACUCGCCCUCCCCAUCUAAAUAUAGUGAGUCCGGUCGUGACCACAGCUCAUCCAGAAGGAGGUCCCGUUCCCGGUCGAGGAGUCCAUAUUACCGCUACUAAACAUCCCGAUUGGACCCACUAACCCCCACAACCCUCCUCAUCCCCCUCUGCCUACUCUUCCAGUGAAGAGAUUUGAGAAAAGGAGAGAAGUGAGGGACAGUGUGCUGAAUGGAAGAGAGACAACGAGAGUGAGGUGUAGAGAUGGAUGGGGAGAGGGAAAUGGAAGAGCUGAAUUGGAGGCCGGAGAUUGAGAUUUGGUAGUUAUUGCAUCUGGCCACAUUUUAGUAUCUCAGUAAUUGUGCAUACAUAUUAUCUUCUUUAUGAUGGCCUUAACUAGCUUUUUCCCCAUCUCUGGGUGCUCUUUCUAUCUUUCCCCAUGCCCCGUCCCCUCAAUCUCUCGCUGAGAAGAGUAUGUUGCCAUCACUGAAUAGCACAUGAAUAGGAUGUAAAAGAAUCGGAUUAAAAUGUUUACCUUCGUGUACAUAGUUUUCUUCAAUUACAAGUGAGUGAACAUUGACGAAAUCCUGAGGCGGUGUAUAGCUCCAUGUGAAUAUGAAAAAUAAUUGAUCGCUAAUGAUUUGAAUCUUUUUGUAUGGCAUGCCCCCAACCACUCACCCUGUGAAUUGAGACUUGAUUGUACUCUUCUGAGAAACAGAUUGUCUUUUUUUUUUUUUUUUUAAUGGUCAGUUAUCAAACUGAGAAAUCCAAAUAAAAUGCACAAAAGUAUCUGA